ACACCAUUAGUGUUUUAGUAAACCCGUCUGGCGGGUUUGAACAUUGGUUUAUUUGGGCGUGCAUAUCUUUCGGUAGAAACAUGAGGAUGCAUAUAGAACCAAACUGUUUUUUUAUAAAGCUGCAUUUUGAUUUACAGCUCGAAUUUUAUGUCAGGUUAGUCUCGCAGUUUAGCGCGAGACAGAAGCAAGUCUGUAACCACACAACUGAACCUGUCAGCAGGUUUAAUGUUUCAAUCAGGAAGCGAGAUGGACAACGCGGAAGAUAUCACCUCUGCUCACGUGUGUGGGUGUGCCGGCGCGCUUAUACGCGGCGGAGAACCGCGCGCCACGCCACUGCCAGAGAGGGGUUCCCCUUUACAACAGGGCGGCUUUUUAAUGUGUCAAAACUCGGACAACAAACAUCAAGGAAGUCCCGCAGAGGAACAGUUUAUUACCUAAAGUCAAAGUAAAGUUUCUGAAAGUGAAAUGACCAGAUUUGAAGAUUAAAGUGAAAUCACCUCUGCGACUCUCCUCGUGCGUCCUUGCGACGGAUUUAGGUCUCCAAUGCCCAAAGGAUGGCGGAGAAAGAGUUCCAAGGACUCCGAGGAUUCUUUGACUGGACAAAAUGAGGGAUCGCAUGUAGAGGAGGGGAGAGCUGCCGGGAAGGCUUCUGAGGCUGCCGAUGAUCUCAUUCAGAAAGCUGCUCGAAGCGUCCCGCCGUCCGCACGCGCAGCGCCGCCUGCGAUGGACGCGUCCCGUGUCCCGCAGGUCACCAUCACCGCGGAGGGCGGCUGCUCCUCCCGGGAGGUGAAGCACGACGACUGGGAUGAUGCCGUAGACGGUACCCUGCGCAGGAAGCUGUCCAACUCGUCCAUCUCCUCCACGGGGUCCUCCACUGUGGAGUCCGAGGACGAUUUGCUGAGCGACACCGAGAGCAACGGCAUCAUCACUUUAGAGCCUCUGGUGGACACCGGAGAGGUCAAGGCGUGGUGGAAGCUGAAGACGAUCGUCCACUGGCCCUUCAGUGUUACGCAGAGACCCAAACUGAACUGGGUUCAGCUCGCCGGGCAUAAAGGUAACUUCAAAGCGGCGGACGAGGGCACCAUCCUGAAGAAGUUCUCGGAAAACGAGAGGCAGUGUUUUGAGAAGCUGAGGGACGAUGCGCUGCUCCCAUUCGUGCCCGUUUACCACGGCACAGUGGAGAAAGAUGGAGAGUCUUACCUUCAUUUGACUGACCUGCUGGUGAAAUUUGACCUUCCCAAUGUCAUGGACUGCAAGAUAGGAGUGAGGACGUACCUGGAGGAGGAGCUUGUUCGUGCGAGGGAGCGACCCAAGCCGAGGGAAGACCUGUACAAGAAAAUGAUGGAGGUGGACGGCGAAGGCCCGACUUCCCAGGAGCAUUCCCAACGAGGCGUCACCAAGCCUCGCUACAUGCAGUGGAGGGAGACCAUGAGCUCCACCAACACCCUGGGCUUCAGGGUGGAAGGAAUCAAGAAAUCUGACGGUACGUGUCGGACUGACUUCAAGAAAACCAGGUCGAAGCAGGAUGUCGUCCAGGUGUUCAGGGACUUUGUCGGAGAGAACGUGGACAUCUUAAAGUCUUACCUGAGCAGACUGACGAAGAUCCGACAGACCCUGAAGGCAUCGCAAUUCUUCAGGCAACACGAGGUCAUUGGCAGCUCUCUCCUCUUCAUCCAUGACCACACCUGCAAUGCGGAGGUCUGGCUCAUUGACUUUGGCAAGACCACGCCGUUGCCAGAGGGCCAGAUGUUGAACCACGACAUUCCCUGGAAGGAAGGCAACCGGGAGGAUGGCUACCUGUGGGGGCUGGAAAACCUCAUCAACACACUGGAGUCUGUAGGCGAAGAAGAGGCAGGCGAAUAAACCUUUUGCUCAGAUGCGAAAGAAAAUAGCGAAACUACCGAAACAGAUGUUCAGUGACCUUUGACCUGUAGAUGGGUAAAAGGAAGUCAAACUAUUUUAAUGGUCACCAUAGAGAGACCCUUUGGGAAAUGUAAUACAUGUUGAUGUGCUUUGGGUGCUCAAUGAUACAUGUAACAAACAAAAAAGUGCAGAAAUGCGACAACAAAAAAAGGCCACGGGCAGCUUCAUAAAGUUACUGACAGAAAUGAAGAGAGAGGCAGAGUUUGUCACUUGUUACUGAAUGACUGAACGACUGAACUAACACCAAUUCAACUUCAGAUAAAAUGAACAGAAGUGAAAGUGUAAUGUUUCUCAGAUUCAGGGAUGGUUCCAUGUGAAGGAAAUGCUCAUGAAAUGUGAUUUAAAGCAUGAGAGCGUCGUCAGUCCUCCUUAUUACGCUCUCCCCCUCAGCUCUGCAACACCCCUGUAUGUACACUACCGUUCAAAAGUUUGGGGUCACCCAGACAAUUUCGUGUCUUCCAUGAAAACUCACUUUUAUUUAUCAAAUGAAUUGAACAUUGCAUAGAACAUAUAGUUAAGACAUUGACAAGGUUAGAAAUAAUGAUUAAUAUUUGAAGUAUUAAUUUUGUUCUACAAACUUCAAGCUCAAAGGAAAGCCAGUUGUAUAGCUUAUAUCACCAGCAUAACUGUUUUCAGCUGUGCUAACAUAAUUGCACAAGGGUUUUCUAAUCAGACAUUAAUCUUCUAAGGCGAUUAGCAAACACAAUGUACCAUUAGAACACUGGAGUGAUAGUUGCUGUAAAUGGGCCUCUAUACACCUAUGGAGAUAUUUCAUUAGAAACCAGACACAUCCACCUUGAAUAUUAAUUUACCACAUUAACAAUGUAUAGAGUGUAUUUUUGAUUAAUGUUAUCUUUAUUGAAAAAACGGUGCUUUUCUUUGAAAAAUAAAGACAUUUCUAAGUGACCCCAAACUUUUGAACGGUAGUGUAGGUGUAAUAUUGAAGCAGUAAUUCAAUUCAGUAAGAAGCUUAAAACGUCUGUCAUAUAACUACAACACAUAACAUAUUGUAAAUAUAGUCCUGCAUACAGUAUAAUCACAAGUGUAUUAUCUGUGACACUGUUCUGCCAAACUCUUUUAUUCUAAGUCAAUUUAUAUUUCUUUCACCGAUUUGGUUCCUGGAAUCAAACUUGCUAUAUAGCACUUUUUGGGGUCUUAUUCAGAGACGUUGUGCAAAUGAAAUGUAUGAACAUUUACUUGGAAUUAAAAUGGGCAAAUAUUGUU